AUGCCAUCAAUCCCCAGCGAGCUGGUUGCGAUCCGCGAAGGGGCUGGUAUUCCUCCCGACGAGCUGCUAGAACUCGUCGGGAGGAAGAGCGCUGCCGAAGGUCUGGCUGGGCAUAAAGACCAGCUCGCCGGGAAGGGGCAAGCUGGAUUGGUACCCAGGUUCUCCCAACAAGCUCACCCCCUUGCAAUCUACAAGUGA